GCGCGGAGCCCACGGGCCUUUCUCCGCCGCGGUAUCCUGCUGCGGGGAGGCUGCGCGCGGUGGGGGCUGGAGGAGAAGUCCGCUCCAUGUGCUGCUGCUUUCUCCAAUGACCAGGCACCAGUAGAAUCAGGAUGCAGCUGCUCUCCUUCUCCCAGUCACUUCCUGCCUUGUGACUGCACACCCGGGUUUGACAAAGUUGUUCUGCAGAUCAGAAAGAAGGGGGUUUCUGGUCACACACCGGUACCACUAAGGACAGUUCUUCUACAAGAUCUGUUGCCUAAAGCAAUAAAAAUGGCGAGAGGAUCAGUGUCCGAUGAAGAAAUGAUGGAGCUCAGAGAAGCUUUUGCCAAAGUUGAUACCGACGGCAAUGGGUACAUCAGCUGCAAUGAGUUGAAUGACUUGUUCAAGGCUGCUUGCUUGCCUCUGCCUGGGUACAGAGUGAGAGAAAUCACAGAAAACCUGAUGGCUACAGGUGAUCUAGACCAGGAUGGGAGGAUCAGCUUUGAUGAGUUUAUCAAGGUUUUUCAUGGCCUAAAAAGCACAGAUGUUGCCAAGACCUUUAGAAAGGCAAUCAACAAGAAGGAAGGGAUCUGUGCAAUUGGUGGUACUUCGGAGCAGUCUAGUGUCGGCACCCAGCACUCCUAUUCAG